AUGGCAAAGCAAGUGCUGGAUCUGUACGAGUUAUACCGCCUAGUUGUACAACAUGGAGGUCUGGUGGAGAUUAUCAACAAGAAACUUUGGCGAGAGAUCACUAAAGGGCUAAAUUUGCCGUCCAGUAUCACCUCAGCAGCCUUCACGCUUCGCACUCAGUACCAGAAGUAUCUUUACGAUUACGAAUGCGAAAAAGAGGCGCUCUCUAAUCCCUCAGACCUCCAAGCCGCUAUUGAUGGUAACCGACGGGAAGGGCGUCGAAAUGCCUCAGCGCCAAAUUUCGGCCCUCUCGGCUAUCCACUGCCACACGCAUCGUCGGCGGCUAAUCUUCUCACAAAACCCUUCAACGGUCUCGGAAUGAGAAACGGUAUCUACACAUGUGAGUUCAUGGACGAAGAAAACGGGUUAUCUAUGUCAUUGCCGCAAAAUAAUCUCUUGGCCGCAUAUAGAGCCGAACAAAUGGCAAUGUUCGAAGCGCAGCAACGACAAAUGGAACGAGCACAACGGUGA